AUGGCCGGAUCGCAACAAGACGAAAUGAACUUGCAGGAGAUUGAAGAUGAGAUCAUCGUAGAAGAAGCAGUCCAAGAAAUAAUUGACUACAUUGUCGAAAAUGAUGUGACCUCAGACACUGAUGAGGAAUCAACAACCACCUGUAAUGUAUCGGGUCAGUGUAGUAUCAAUUUCGGUUUUAACACAUAUUACACAUAUUAUAAUCAUACACCGAAUAUUAUUGUGGAACAAUUAGUAGUGAUCCUAGAAGUCUGUGACCGUACCCAACUCUCUCUCUCUCUCGGUAACCGUCAACCGAUACGUACACAGUCCGUCCCGAGAACCGCCGGCAUCUUUUGCCGUUAG